GCUCUCACGGCCAGUACAAAUUCCGAUCGGGUGGAUUUACUUUUUUCGGUGUCCUCUGGCUCUACGCAUCUAUGCCUCUCCUUUAUUCUCUCUAUCUCGGUCUCUCGUUCUCUCAUUUGCCCUUGCUCUAUCGUCCUCUCUCUCUUUCUCGCUCUGUCUCUCCCACUCACCUGUGAUAGCACUAUAGUGCUGACAGCCGAAUGUUGCAGAAGGACAAUCAUUGGUGAAGGACACAGUAGAUUUUAUUAAAGUUGGCCAUCGUGGCCAGAUAACUAACUCUGGAGAAACGUCGAAAAUGGCUGUCCAAGUUCCGUGGAUCGAAGAGUGAAGUGCCUGGGAACUUUUCUGGAAGUGUUGUACCCUUGUGAUUGUGUCUGUGUGCUCAGGGUCACUUUUUUGCAAAGCGAGAACAAUCCUUUCUGUUGAUUCCCUUGGCUGAGAGGUGGCUGACAGAGGGGGAUGGAGUGAGCGAAACCCUCCAUUAGGACCUGAUAUAUUUCCCAAACAAUUUAGUGUAUUCAUGAGGCUACGCAAAUGUGGAAGCCUCAAAAUUACCGUAAUCAAUUGAAACAGCGAGCGUGCGUCAGUCCACGGCUCUGAUUAUUUUGAGAUCAUCUAUCAGCUUGAUGUGUAUGUAACAAGGUGAGGGGGCAUUAAAUCGCUUUUGAGUUUCAGUGAUAAGUCCAUGAUCAUUGGACAAGUGAGUUGGACAACGAGAACAGGGCACCUUGACGGGGGAGGCAAGUGUUCCCCAGACAUUAGGUUGCUGACUCUGCAGGUUAAAAGGCGCUGUCUUAAAACAAAACCACAUUGCUGAGGAAAACGAUCGUGCAAUACGCUCUAUAUUACAAUUUUGACCUGAAAAACUAAAGGAAAAGUGGAGUAAUAAAGACACAUUGGAGAGGCCAAGUGAGUAUGGAGGUCAGAUAUAGCCAAGAAACAGAACCAGGGAUGUUGCUGAAGAAUGGACUAAAGGAUGGGAAAGACAGCAAGGACUCCCAAGGAAACCUUUCCAAAACCUUCCUAAAGGAUCAGCAGGAGUCCUUCUCACCAUCUGGGACAGUGGAAAACUGUGAUAAGAAUCGAGGGAGCACGGGGGAUCCAGACUACUGCCGGAGAAUACUUGUUCGAGAUGCCAAAGGAUCUAUCAGAGAGAUUAUUCUGCCAAAGGGACUGGACUUGGACCGUCCCAAACGAACCCGGACCUCAUUCACCGCAGAACAACUUUAUCGUCUGGAGAUGGAGUUCCAGAGGUGUCAGUAUGUGGUUGGGAGGGAGCGGACAGAACUGGCCCGCCAGCUAAAUCUAUCUGAAACUCAGGUGAAAGUUUGGUUCCAGAAUCGACGUACAAAGCAGAAGAAGGACCAGGGCAAAGACUCUGAGCUGCGUUCGGUGGUGUCAGAGACGGCGGCCACCUGCAGUGUGUUGAGACUUCUAGAGCAGGGCAGGCUCCUCACGCCGCCCGGCCUGCCCGGGCUUCUGCCCCAUUGCGGCAACGGUACCCUGGGCACUGCCCUGCGAGGCUCCUCCAUGGGCAUGACCAGCAAUGGGAGCAGCAGCAGCAGCGGUUCCAGCUCGGGUACAGCUGGCGGCAGUCCCCCUCUGCCCAUAGUGACCAGUUCAGGGACGGUAUCAGGCCUCCAGAGUUCUCCGUCGGCGCAUGGCCUCUUCAGCUUCCCCAUGCCCUCUCUGCUGGGCAGCGUCGCCACCCGCAUGUCGUCCAAUCCGCUCUCCAUGACCGGCUCCCUAGCUGGGAACCUGCAGGAACUCUCUGCCCGCUAUCUGAGCUCUUCUGCUUUUGAGCCUUAUUCACGGACCAAUGGCAAGGAGUGUAUGGAGAAAAAGGUUUUGGAAUGAUGUUUUUCGAAGGAUUUUGGUUUAUUUUGUUGAUCUCCUUGAUUUUUAUUGUCUUGGUUUAGUUUGUUUGUAUUGCUCUCUUCUGUCCUGUUAGUAUUGUGUUGCCGUUAAAGUAAAUCCAACUGAACAUCUGAAGCCUCUCUGAAAGAGACACACACACAUUUUGAUUUUUUUUUUAAGCUUUUGCACUGAAUCAAAGCUGAAUCUACACAUUCCGAAUUUCAAUACAAAUGCUCCAUGAAAGCAUGUUGUUUUUAGAUAAUUUUUUUGAGCAAGAGCAGAGAAAGAAAUAUGCCCCAUCUGAUUGCAUCUGUUUUGGUAACACAACACAGAUGUUUAGCUUUUGUAGGUAAAUUACACAGAACUGAGUGGUUGGCCAAGGGUUAAACAUGAUUUUACAUUUUAGAUUGUUUUCUUAUUAUCUUGUUUUGGGUAGACUUAUUUCACUGUGUCUAGGCUUAUAGCGUUGUUAUGCAUUUCAGCUCAUGCAAUUCAGGUGACGGACUCAGCUAAAGACAACAUGGUGAAUUUGGAAUUAGUUUGGCCCUUGUCAAAUAUGACAUUUCAGUUUAAGGAAGUCUCUUUUUCCAUUUGAAGAUAUUCAUGAUGAAUACAGGCAUUUAACACACAAAUGCGAUUUACAUAUGCAGAUGUUUUGCAAUAUUAAGCUACAAUAACAAUCUUUUAUACCAGUUUGUAUUUGUUUUUAUGUUUGGGCCCAAACAGACUAAAGGAAAAUGUUGUCAGUAUAAUAGUUAAAUUGUUCUGUGUUAGUUGUUUUCUAAAUGUUUUUGUGAGGGGUUUCCCAGUGUCAUUUUUAGCGCAGUCUAAAUGUGACUUUCAUGUCUUAAAGAUGCAGUAUCCACUUUUUUGUCUGUGAUUUUAAUUAUACUAGAGUGGUAGUCCAGAUUUUCAUGUACAUAAGAGUUGGAUAAAAGCUUGGAAAUGGUGAGGUGGGGCAAAUAGAUGAAGGAAAUUUCAGUAAGUAGCUUGUAAAGUUGCAUAUAGUGAAUUUUGCUUUAUGCAACAUUUGAAAAAACGUUCUCAAGGUUUUCACAUUUUUAAGACAAAGCCUUUCCCCAUGUGAUAUGUUUAAACAUCAGCCACCAUGGUGGCAGGUUUAAAAGGAAAAGAGCAUGAGGUGACUGAAGGAAAUUACUGUGGUAUAAAAGAAAGGAAACAGAAUUGCACCUAAAAUUGUUAUUUUAUUGUAAGUUAUUCACGUCUGUAAUUAAUAAAUGAUUAGUAUAUCCGCUAAAUAAGGAAUGAAUGAAUGUAAAGGAGGGGUGAUGAAUCAAUCAAAGUUCUUUGGUGCUGUUAUUGUGAAAUAUCUUGAACUUUGUGAAAUGUGUGGUACGAGUGUGGAUAUAUAUAUUAUAUAUAUGGCUACCAAAAAAGCCAAGUGUGUUUUUCAAUUUAUUUCAUAAAGUACAUUUGUCAUGAUGAUAAUGGUCUGGCUAUAACAAAAAAAGCAAUGGAUGUGGCAAGCCAUA